CACUUGCAAGCAUUUGCUCAUGGCCGGUGAUGGCGGAUUUGGACGCCCUGUUCUCCUCAGACACAGAGGAGGAGCAGAAAGAGCUCAAGUGCCAGCGGAAGAUCCGUGCAGCUGAGACCUUCAAGGAAGAGGGGAACAGCUUCUUGAAGCAGGAGCAGCUGGACAAGGCCGAGGUGAGCUACCGCCGGGCCUUGUCGAAGAUUUGGGCGCUCUACCGACAGCGGAGCGUGGUCGAGGCCGUGGACUUGGGCGUGCGACUGGAUUUGAACCUGGCGCUGGUCUACCUGAAAGUGGAACGCUAUGAGUCUGCGCGGCGUUGUGCCACACGGGUGCUCGAGGUGGAGCCGGAGAACGCGAAGGCGCUCUUUCGCCGUGCCUUGAGCUGGCGCCACGUGGGGCGCCUCAGCGAGGCCGAGGCGGACUUGCAAAAGGCCUCGCAGGUCUCGGACCUGCCGGAGGUCUGUCGAGAGCUGGCGGCGGUGAGAAAACUCCAAAGUGAGGACGAUUCGAGCAUGCUUCGUUCGGGAUUCCUGGAGGCGAAGCCGGAGGAGGUUUCGGUGCAACCAGAGGCGGAAGAGGUGGAGCAGUCAGCCUGGGCAGUGACGGAGCAGGUUCAGGACGCCUUGCAGGACGCCUAUGGCUUCCUCGAGGCCGUGGCCGUGCGCCGCGUGGCCGUGCGCAGUGCCGAGGAGAGGCAGCAGCUGUGCGAACACGCGGACCGCAUCGGCGGCGUCCUUCAGCAAGUGCGACAGACCCUUGAGGAGGCCACCAUCGUCCCUCCUCCAGACACACUAACCACCACACCUGUUGCGGCGGUGGAAGUGACGGAGCUGCUGAGGAAGAUGUUGAAGGGCUUGAGAAGCUUUCCGCCCUUCUUCAGUUUGCAAGAGCGCAGCUGUGGGGAGUUCCGCAGCCUGCGCGUCUGUCGCCAGCUGGGCACCGAGCCCUGGAGUCUGGACGUGGAACUCAUUUGUUGGGGCGACGCUGAGGAGGCCACACCAGAGACCUUUGCCUCGGCAUUGCUGGGCCCUAGCGGCAAAGCCACAUCAGAUGAGGUGAAGUCGUGGCAGCGCCAGCUGUUCGACCGGAUCUUCUUGAAGGAUGCCAGCCAGUACGUGGCAGGUGCCUGCUGGCUCCUACUGACCUCAGCGAGAGCUUCCGGGCUGCGACUGCAGCAUGAGGGUGAGGAGCUGCAGGACUUGGGCCUCGCGGAGGGCGUGUUCUUCUCCCCGCUCCGGGUCGAGGGGCCAUCCGUGGAAGACGCCCCAAAGAUGGGCGCGCCAUCCGGGGAGAUGUUGGCCUUGCUGGCGGGAAAAGACAAGCGGCUUAUACCAGUCCCUUCCUUCACCUCUUUGGGUGUUACACAGAGGUGGCUUUUGGGCAAGCUGCCCAGUGAGGGACAUACACGAGAAAUCGCUUUGGAUCCCACCAGCAGUGCGUUGGGCUUGGAACCUUUGCACCUCGCGACAGAGGAUGAGAGAUACCACCUUCUGAGCUCUCACUUCGGCUCCUCUGCAGCUGCGCUGGUCGCCGGCGUCGGCCACCGACCAUUGCUGCUGGCGGCGGUGUCGGCGCUGGCGCCGGAGUCGAAGUCGAUGGAAGCGGCAGUGAAGCAGCUGGAGAAAAGGCCACCGAACAUGACCGAGAUGACGCACGACGACAGCAGCCGUGCGCUGCUGCCGCGCCUGGUGGCCGCGGUGGAGCACCUGGGUCUCUGUCGCCACACCGGGGACUUCGAGGAGCUCCGGCAGGCCGCCACCGAGGAACUGGUGCUUCGGAAGCUGAGAGCGUACGGCUUUGCAAAGGCGGCGACGCAGCUCGAGAGCCAAAGGCGGCGGUGCAGCGAGCUGCUGGGGAGUUCACCGAUUUGCCCGCGGUUGUUGGGAUGGGCGCUGGCGUUCCUCUGUAGCAGCCUGUCUUUGGCCUUCGCAGUGGAGCGACAAGCCCCCGGUGGGCUCAUGCGGCGGAGUGGUGACAAUUUUCGGACCUUGAAGUCCAAGGCCAGUUGGCGCCUAAAAGAGGAGGGUGAUGACAAGCACCGCCUCUUGAUGAAACUCCGUGACCCCCAAACGCGGCGCCGCGAGCGGGCGGAGACCAUGGCUGCGCUGCAGCAACGCAGGCUGCUCACGGAGGCACGUGAGUACACCGUGGCUAUCAAAGCGCUUGGUCAAUUAGGACUCUGGCGCGAGGCCGUGGGGAUGCUCUCGGACAUGGAGCGGAAUGGGGUGCCACCCGACACCAUCACAUACAAUGCGGCCAUCAUGGCACUAUCGCUCAACAAGCGGUGGAAGGAGGCUGUGGAGCUCAUCGCGGAAAUGUGGGCUGCAAAGAUCUUUCCGGAUGUGAUCUCCUACACGAGCGCCAUCUCUGCCUGUGCGAGCACCGGCCAUUGGAAGGAGGCGCUGCAAUUGUUGGCCGAGAUGGAGCGUGCAGGGAUCAAGGCUGACGUGCGGAUCUUCAAUGCCGCCAUCAACGCCUGUGCUCAGGUGGGCGUGGUGCUUCUGCGGAACCCGAGCGACUGA